GUUCUUCAAGAGAAGAUAAGGAAGGAAUUUAAAAAUGGCUGAUGUAGUUUUGACGUGUCGCAGUUCUGUGCGAUAUUCUUUAUUUUUGCUGGUAUUUCUCACAUCACUUCAGUCUUUGAAUUCAGAUAUCAUUCGGGCCUAUAGUGGAAAUGAUUUGCGUCAAGAAGAACGCUUUUACCCCACUGUUAUGAUUGCAACUUUGGUCCGAAAUAAAGCUCAUGUACUGCCUUAUUUUUUCGGACUAGUCGAGAAAUUGGACUAUCCCAAAGACCGCAUUUCACUUUGGAUCAGGUCCGACCAUAAUGAGGAUAAUUCCACCAGCAUGGUGUCGACAUGGAUCAAGGCGGUCGAACAUCUCUACAACAAUGUGGAGUUUGUGUACGAUGAUUCAUAUACAAAAUAUGAAGACGCAAAAAGCCCUUGCGAUUGGUCGGAUCAACGAUUCAAGCACGUCAUGCACCUGCGGGAUAAAGCUCUCCACGCAGCCAGGCUUCAGUGGGCAGACUACCUGUUUAUGAUAGAUGCUGAUGUUCUGCUGGAAAACCCCAAGGUUCUCAAGAUAUUGAUGCAGCAGAAGCAGACAUUGGUGGCCCCGAUGCUGACCACCGAGAUACCUGACUCAUCUUACUCCAACUUCUGGGGUGCCAUGGACGACCACGGGUUCUACAAGAGAGUGCCAGAGUAUUUCAAGGUGCUGGAACGCGAGACAACAGGCAUUUUCCAGGUGCCAAUGAUAUACACGGCCUUCCUGUUGGACAUGAGGGAUAAACGCACAGCUCUGCUGUCUUACAUUCCACCAGUGGGUUAUAACAGAGCCAUCGAUGACAUAAUCGUCUUUGCUUUUUCUGCUAAAAUGGCGGAAAUACCGAUGCACGUGGUGAACACGGAGCAUUUUGGUCUGAUGAACGUUCCGCUCGAGGCGAGGCAUAGCCUGGCUAUCGAGAGGGAGCAGUUUCAGUUCACACGCGUGCAGUCACUUGAUGAUGCCAAUCCAGAUAUGGGGCCAGGUGUUGAUUACAUCAUUGAAGGACGUGGCCUGGUGCCCUCUCCCCAUCUUACAGCCCCACUGGUUCCCAAGGACAAACUGGGAUUUGAUAAGGUGUACAUGAUCAACCUUGAGAGAAGGUCAGAGCGCCGUGUACGCAUGCUUCACGUCUUUGAUAUCCUGGGCAUAGAGGCGGAACUAAUACCAGCUGUCGAUGGAAAACAUCUCAACGAUACAUAUCUUUACAAGGACCUGCAAAUCAGCGUCGUACCAGGGUUUACAGAUCCUUACGGUGGAAGGCCGAUGACAAUGGGUGAGAUAGGCUGCUUCCUCAGCCACUACAACAUCUGGCAGGACGUGGUCGCCAAGGGAUACGAGCAGGUCGUGGUGUUCGAGGAUGAUCUCAAGUUUGAGCCUUACUUCCGCACAAAACUGGCCUUCAUCAUGAGGACUGUGAAGGAGAGGGUGCCCAACUGGGAUCUCAUAUAUUUGGGUCGUAAGCGGCUCAAUCGCAAGGACGAGGUGCUGCUGGAGGGAACAGAGAGCCUCGUGUGGCCCAGCUACUCCUACUGGACCCUUAGUUAUCUCCUCUCUGGGCGCGGUGCCCGGAAACUGCUCGCCCAGGAGCCGCUCCAGAAGCUACUUCCUGUGGACGAGUACCUGCCCGUCAUGUUCAAUAAACAUCCCGAGGCUUCUUGGAAGGAACCCUUUCAUCCUCGAAAUUUGAUCGCACUUUCCUCUGAACCGCUGCUCAUUUUCCCUACCCACUAUCUUGGGGAGCCUAAUUACAUCUCGGACACUGAGUAUUCUGAGCUCAUCACAGAGAAAACCAACCACAACACAGCUGAAGAACCCCAGAAUGCACCUGUACAUGAAAUAAACACAAACAAGCACUUUGGGGCCAAAGAAGAAAAGGGUCCAAAGGGAAAUGAAAUGAAAGUAACAAGUCAUUUUCAAGAUGAGUUUUAAUGGGUUUGAUUCCCAACUGUUGCAGUAUUCUCUUAGGGAAAACUCGGAGCAUGGAUUUUAUGUGAUAUUUGUCUAAAUAUAUGAGAUUAAAGUAUUCAUAGUUGUCAAAUAUGUUGCCAAAUCAUGUUGCAAUGGAAAUUAUUAGUGAUACCAUUCAGCCAAAAUAAAAGGUUGCUAUGAUUUUGUUUGUAAGGAAUCUUAAAAAUUGUUUGAGAUAUGCUAUCUUUUGUUAAUAUUUGCUUGAAUGUAGAUGCAUUUAUAAAGAAAUAUUAUGGGUUUUUUUAUUGUUGCCAAAUAAUGUUAUGCAUUUAAAAAUAGUUUAGAUGUAGCUUUCAGCCAGAAAAUUAGGCUGUAGCUUGCAGGGUAGUAAAUUUGAAAGAAUCUAAUUAAAAAAAUAAUUGUUGUGAGCACAGCUGGAUAUGUUGUAUUACGAGUUUGUUGUAUUAAUUUUAAAAAUCAAAUUAACAUCUGUUUUAUCGAUAGCUUUAAGCCUAACUUAUUUAUAUCCAUUUUUAUCCCCACGCUUUCCUGAGAAGAGUGGAGAUUAUGUGGUUAUCUCCGCCGUCUGUCCAUCCUGGCCACUAUCUCCUCCUACACUUUUAGCACUAGAAACUUGAAACUUACACACAUGGAAGCUAUGAGCAUAUGUGUGACAGUGCACUAUUUGGAAUUUUGAUCUGACUCCUGGGUCAAAAGUCAUAAGGGGUUUGGCUGGGGCCGGGUCAGAGAUUUUCACUCAUUUUUCUAACAACAUGCAGUGUGGGGAUACGCAUCGGCCUUUGUCACGCCAUUUCUAGUUUUGUUUGUAAUUGUCUCAAUAUAUUAAUGAACUCAGAUCUUGAAAUCCUCUAUAAUAUGUCCCUUUCUUCAUGAAUUUCAUUAUUAACAGUAUUAUGUAUUGAGCCCGGAGUGCUUGAGAUUAUUUUUAUGAGUGGAAUAUAGAAGUUAGUCCGUCUGUCAGUCUGUCCGUUUUGUAUUCCGUUACCGGAGUUUUUUCCCUUGAUGCUUCGAGAUAUUUACCCUAUUUUUGGUAUAUGAGUCUUACUGCAUGAGUUACAGAUUAAGUUUGAGUUUCAUGAGGGUCAAUUGAUUUUUGGCGUAGUUUUGGGCCUUGGACUUAGACAAUUCCUCUACAAUAACAGUUUUUUUUAACCUUUUUUGCUAAACACUUGCAGAUAUUUACCAGAGUUUUGGUGUUUAAGUCAAACUACAUGUCUUGAAGUUCAAGUGUGCAUUGUGUUUCACUCCAUCGAUUUUUUACUAAGAAACUGGCCUUGGACUUGGGAAUUUUGUUUUAAACUUUUCCGGAUUCCUUUUCUGAAAUGCUUUUAGAUACUGACCUUAUUUUAAUUGUUUGAGAAGACCUACAUGACCUUAAGAUCAUGUUCAAAUUUUUGUUCUAGUCCAUUGAAGUUUGAGGAAGUUACAGGCCUUGGCCAUUUUCUCUAAAAUGACACUUUUUCGGAUUUUUUUUUCAUAGUGUUAUCAGAUAUUAGUCUGAUGUUUGGUGUGAAAGUCCACCGGCAUGACUUUCAGAUCAAGAUUUAGUUGUUUUUACAUAUGUGGAGUUUUGGGACAAAUGUGGAAAGAGUGGGCAUCUGUGCCAUAUGGACACCUUGUUUAAAACUGAAUUCUGCUGGAAUUUUGAUGUGUUUGCUUGGCCAUUCAGUUAUUAAAGUCGCGGUCUAUAUUCUUGCUGCUAUAUAUAAUAAUGUUGACAAGUAUAAAAUAGGCAUUAUGUUCAGGCAAUUGUAUGUAAGAUUAAGGCUCAUUGGGUCAUUGUUGACCUGAAAUGGCUUGAAGUCACUCGGUCGGCUUGAAGUCACCCCAGGGUGGCAUGAAUAGGCUUGAAGUCACCCUAGGUGACAAGAAUUGGCUUCUAGUCACCCCCCGGGUGACUUGUGGGCCAUUUCAGGUCAACAAUGACCCAAUGAGCAAGAUUUAGUACUUAGGUUUUUUUUGGUCCUCAAAAUGAACUUUUUUUUAACUGCUCAUAAAGAUACAGUGUUGUGAAUCAGUUUUUGCUUUAUGUACCAUUAUUGAGAGCAUUGUACAAGCUUUUUGAUACCGGCUGAGAAGUUCAUCUCUGUUUCAAAGUUUUCAUUCUAUCCCCUGUUUGAAUGAUUGCUGAUUUUUCAUGAAAUAUUGGAUGUUUGUGACUGGAUACGUGUGAAAAAUUCAUGAGAAUAAUUGAAAGGUUUCAAAUACGAAUGUUUUUUUUAUAUAUGAAAGGCUUGGUAUAUUAGUCAUAUAUGAGUGUUAUAUUAACUUAUCGAUUUUAUGUUCUGUUAACCCUUAACCACUUAGAAACGUAUUUUGACGCAUUUGUGGUCCCUUUUAAAGUUAAAUAUAAUUAAAGACAUUUCCUACUAUAUUCAAGUUUUAAAGGCUUCAUUUCCAACCCUUAGAUACUGAUGAGCAUCAGACAGCAUCAAACCUGAACAGGCUGUUACCCGCAUGCUGUUCUGUUUUUAUGCUGUUUGCACAUUGCCAUUUUCACUUCGCUUCUGAGUGGGAAAGGGUUAACAGCUAAUCCAUGUCAUGUGCAAGUGUUGGGAAGUUGCUAUGUAUUAGAAUCUCUUAGUGUCUGUUCGUGUAUGUUUGUAUGAAUGCACAUGCUUGGGCGCGUGUGUGUUUGCAAGCAGAUUGUGCUUUGCAAUUUUUACUACCCAUGUAUCUGUAACUGAUUAUGCAAUCUUGUUAUUAUUGUAACAUGCAUAUAGCUUUGAUGCAUGCUUAAUGUGCACCUUGCUAUCUAGUCAUAAUCUUCAAUACUUGUUUGUUCCAGCUGAUAUGAGCUGAUUUUUUGUUGUUGUUGUUUUUUGUGGGUUUAUUUGUUUUUUGUUCAGACAAUCUUGAAAUAAGCUUUGACCUUCAUAUUUUAAGCAGUGAUGCUUUGAAUAUCUUUAAAAAUCUCACAUUUUUAUUGGUGUGUUUUUUGUAUGGAGAAUGAAAAUUCUAACUAGAAAUUCAACAUAUGAAAACGCAGUUUCAUAAUGGAACAAUAAUGUAAAGCAAAUGUUUAUUAAUGAAUGAUGAACCAAAACAAGCACUUUUUUCUCAAAGAGGCAAAGGUUCCACAGGUUGAAAUCAAACUGACAUAGUAACAUUUACUCUAAGUAGUUAAUAAAAAUGUCCUUAGAUCUUGAUUAUGUUGAUGACAAAAUACUUAACCCUUUCCCUCUUUGAAGCUAAUUUAAAAUGUCUAUGUGCAAACAGCAUAAAACCAGAAAAGCCUGCGAGUUACUUGCAGUCUGUUCAGGUUUUAUACUUUUUGCUGCUCAUCAGUAUCUAAGGUUUGGAGAUGAAGCCUUUAAAACUUGAAUCUGGUAAGAAAGGUCUUUGAUUUAAUUUAACUUUCUAUGGGACUACAUGCAUCACAAUGGGUAUCUAAGUGUUGAAGGGUUAAAUACGUAUCUAAGUUGUGAAGGAUUAAAUACAUAUCUAAGUGGUAAAGGGUUAAAUACGUAUCUAAGUGGUGAAGGAUUAAAUACAUAUCUAAAUGGUAAAGGGUUAAAUACGUGUCUAAGUGGUGAAGGAUUAAAUACAUAUCUAAGUGGUAAAGGGUUAAAAUAUGUGUCUAAGUGGUGAAGGAUUAAAUACAUAUCUAAGUGGUAAAGGGUUAAAAUACGUGUCUAAGUGGUAAAGGAUUAAAUACAUAUCUAAGUGGUAAAGGGUUAAAUAUGUGUCUAAGUGGUAAAGGGUAAAAUACGUGUAUAAGUGGUCAAGGGUUAAAUACCUGUCUAAGUGGUAGAGGGUUUAAUACGUAUCUAAGUGGUAAAGGGUUUAAUACAUAUUUAAGUGGUAAAGGGUUUAAUACGUAUCUAAGUGGUGAAGGGUUAAAUACGUGUCUAAGUGGUAGAGGGUUAAAUACGUAUCUAAGUGGUGAAGGGUUAAAUACGUGUCUAAGUGGUAGAGGGUUAAAUACGUAUCUAAGUGGUAAAGGGUUAAAUAUGUGUCUUAGUGGUGAAGGAUUAAAUACGUAUCUUAAGUGGUGAAGGGUUAAAUACGUGUCUAAGUGGUAGAGGGUUAAAUACGUAUCUAAGUGGUAAAGGGUUAAAUACGUGUCUUAGUGGUGAAGGAUUAAAUACGUAUCUAAGUGGUAAAGGGUUAAAUACGUAUCUAAGUGGUAAAGGGUUAAAUACGUAUCUAAGUGGUAAAGGGUUAAGUGAUCAGUUGUCUUUCACAUGGUAUGACGACAUGUUUCAGCUUAUGAAAGAAAAAUGUCUUUCAAUUUCCAAUUUAACUUGAGAAGAAAACAAUAACUAAUCCACAAAAUAUCCAUUUGAAUAGAAAAAUCUUUUUUGAAGUUGUUUUUUUUGUAUCUCAUACAUGUAUCGCCAUACUUGUCAUUGUCAGGGUUUUAUUUUUAUAGUGGGUUAGUAGGACACUCACAUGUUUGCUUAAUUAAUUGUUAUUUAAUUUGUAGUUAUUGUUUUAUUGAUAAUGAUGGUGCUAGCAUUGAAUUAGGAAUGACAUUGACAUUUUAUUGUGGUCAGGAUUGUUUGAAAUCAUUUUUGAAAAUUAUUUUUUUAUAGGUUUUGUGUAAAUGUUCUAUAUAGUGUAAACAAAUAUGUUUAGUACAGCAAUAACUUGAUGUGUUCAGUCUAUUGCAUUAUUUUUAUUUUAAUAUCCUGUUUAUGCUGUCAAUUUAUGCAAAAUUUGCCCUUGUCUUACAGUUCUUUCUUUAGUCCGUCCCUGUUUUUUUUUUUAUUGCAUAUCUCAAUCAGUAUUGGUGCUUGGCAGAUUAAACUUUACAAACAUUAACCAUCAUGUGUACUUAAACACCUCCAUAUUUUGGUUGGGAUAUUUUCCAUAUAACUGAAGUUAUUUUUUUUUUCAAAAAUAUUGAUAACUGUGAACAUGUUCCUUAAGAAAUGUAUGCAUAAAGGCCAUUGCCAGGUUUAUGUUGGCCAGCAAUACCAGUCAUGCAAGGAUUUGAGAUCUCUUAAAACUGGACAGCAUAGCUCUUGACCAGUCAUUCAAGGUUUUAACAUUUAAGAUCUCAUAUUUCUGGACAGCAUAGAUCUUUACCAGUCAGUGCAAUGCGCAUGCUGGUCUGGGGUUACUCUUGCUGCAGAUUGCAUACGACCCAUUUCCGCAUGUCGUGGGUCAUAUAGAUUGUCAUAAUUAUGUUCAGGCUAAAAUAUUGGAAAUACUGCAAAAACAUAGGAAAGAUCAUGUGUUUUGCUAUUGCCCAGCUAGAGCUGUUCUAUCUGAAGACUUAUAACUUUUCUUUAGUGUUUAUAUAGCUUAUGCAGUUUACUUUUCAAAGCCCUACUCACCUAGAAUAAUAUUGCAUUUCUAGGAAUCAUUUCAUCUUUGAGACCUAAGUGCAUAAAAAAAUAAUAAAAAUCAGGCAAAUAAUAACUAUAUAGAAAUUUCAGCUGGUAUUGAUUUUCUGGUGAUGGCUGUGAUGUCAUUCGAUUAGGUAUACAGCUACUAUGUUUGUAGCAAGCAUACGGGGAAAGAUCCACCAAGGUCUAUAUUUAUUUAUUGUUUGAUAAUAUACCAACUGAAAUGAAUUUCUUGCAAACCAAACAACAUUUGUUUUAUAAAAAAACAUUGUCUUGAUCCUCUUUCAAAAUUCAUAGCAUUUAUUAUUGGUUGGCUAGGGUUUUAAGGCAUAUAUAUCAAAUGAAAAUCAAGCAUUUUGUGUGCAUCAAGUUUAUGUGGGAUGUUAUAUGCGCAUAGUCAGCUUCUCAAAAGUUAUUUUAGCCUCAUUCUGUGAAAACUGCGCCUGCGCAUUAAGUGUCGGCCCGGAUAUCCUCAUAAAGUCUAGUGCCAUAUUAGCCUGUAGAGUCGGCACAGGGGUAUUUUGGACGAGACUUUCUGCUUUUAUGGAAAUGUUUGUUUGACGAAAGUCUCAUCUAAAUGAAAAUCCAGUCUAGGCCAAAACUGUCUUCCCUGAUAAGCCUGUACGUAUUACACAGGCUAAUCUGGGAAACACGUUAACCCUUUGCAUGCUGGGAAAUUUGUCGUCUGCUAAAAUGUCGUCUGCAUAAUUUCUAAAACUAGCAUUUUCUUCUAUUUUUUUUAAAGAAUACUCUCAGAAUAGCAAACAGUUUGGAUCCUGAUGAGACGCCACGUUCUGUGGCAUCUACUCUGGAUCCAAACUGUUUGCAAAGGCCUUUAAAAUUCGGUUCCCGCACUGAAAGGGUUAAGAACAUGCCAUGCAUGAAACCUAGGUUUACCGGAACAUUUAUACUUGUUUUCUAAAUUGUGUAAAUUUUAUACUGUGUCAGUGAUUGCAAAAUAAAAUUAAAAUUAAACUGCAUAAA